CGUUGCGCGUUUUGUUGCUCCUCCCCACCAUCGCACCACCAUUCGCAUUCGCUGACUGCGUUGCCUUCGUGUGCGCGACUCGUGUUUUCUUCAUCCCCCAUCAUAAUCAUCGCUAGCUUGCAGCCCAGCCAUCCACACAAACCAUUGCAGCCCCCACACAACAACAACAAUGACGCGGACCGCGUUUGUCGCGUUUGUGGCGCUUUUGGCGUGUGUCGUUUCCACAGCGCAAGGUUCUGUGACGUUUCGCGCCUUGCUGGCCAGAAACGUCCCUGCGUAUGACUUUUUUACGCACACGGACCUCGUGGUUCGCGUGACGUUUGAGAACCUAACACAGCUCGUCCGCACCACAGAGAACAACCCAAACCCAACGUGGACCCGUGAAGAAGGCACCAUUGUCUUCCCCGACGCCGACGAUGAUGAUACCUUGCUGAUUGAGCUGCUUGACGAUGAUGGCACCAGCUAUGACCGUGUGCCCGUCAGCCUCAACUACAGAGACUUCUACUAUGCAGUCACAGCGCGUUAUGGCGACGUGGCCAACGCCUACUUCACGCUCGGGCUGAGCUACAGCACAAGCAGCUUCUUUGCCUUCAAGAUGUUCGACACGGACGACGAGACGCUGCUGGACACCAUCGACAACGACGCAGAGCUGUCCACGUUUGCGCGCCUGAUCGACCUCUCGGGCCUUGAUGCGCUGCUCAGCCAGGACGGGCCCUUCACCGUGUUUGCGCCAACCAACAGCGCGUUCGCGGCCCUGCCAAAGGGCUACAUCGACUACCUCUCGACGCCAGACGCCAAGGACGAGCUGGUCAAGAUCAUCUCCUACCACAUUGUGCCGGAGGAGCGACCAAGCUUCCGCGUGCGCAGCGGUAUGACGCUGCAGACGGUCGAGGGCCAGCAGCUCACCAUCACCGUCAACGACGACGGCAGCUUCGUUGAAGCCGCCCGCGUGCUCACCAUCGACUCUGCAGCCGGCAACGGCGCCAUGCACACCCUCGGGGGCGUCCUCUUUCCCAGCAGCUUUGAUGCACCGACCAUCGUGGAGAUGCUCAAGGCCCAGCCCACCACCGCCACCUUCGCCACCCUCCUCUCCGCACUUGACGCAGCUGACCUGACCACCACCCUCGCCCUCCCGGGGCCCUACACCCUCUUUGCUCCCAGCGACGCUGCGUUUGCCGCCACCACGCUGCCCAACGGCCUCACCCUGGACGAUCUGCUUCUGCCACGAUACAGGCCUGUGCUUCGCGCCAUCCUCACCUACCACGUUGUUGCCGGCACGUACGCCUCGUCUGCGCUGGUGGACGGGAUGCAGCUGCAGCCACUCGGCAACGGCAAUCUGAGUGUGGCGGUCAGUAGCAAUGGCAAUGGCGCUGCCUCUGUCUUGAUCAACGGUGUUGCUGUUGUCGGUGCGGACGUGGCGGCCAGCAACGGUGUCAUCCACGUGCUUGAGCGGCUGCUGCUGCCGCCGGUGCUUCCGGACGUUUCCGCCACCUCUUCUUCCUCCUCCACAACAGCGCCGCCCCAAGGCUCGCAGACGCUGUUUGGGAUCAUCUCAAACUCGCCGCAGCACACCACGCUGCAGGCAUUGCUGUUCAGCGCCAACAUGACCACCACCCUUGAUGACAGCGCUGGCAGCAAGGUCACCACCAUCUUCGCCCCUACAGACGCAGCUUUUGCCAUGGUCCCACCAGGCAUCCUCGCGCUGCUGAGCAACAACACGUCCUUGCUCACGCGCGCACUGUUGUACCACCAGGCUGACGGCAGUUUUGAUGAGAUGACGCUUCGCACACUCGCGCAGCUCACCACGAGGUCGGGUGAUGAUGUUGACAUCGCUGUCGGCAUCAACGGUACGCUCAAAGUCGGUGCUGCAACUGUCGUUGGCAGUGCCAUUCCGGCCGUUAACGGUGUGCUGUAUGUGAUUGACGCCGUGCUGCUGCUGCCGCCCGCCCCGCCCACCAGCACCACGACGAUGCCUGCAGGCAAGCAAUCGCUGCUGGACGUUGCAUCCGCUGACGACCGCUUCUCAACACUGGUGCGGCUGCUCAGGUCUGCACAGCUGCUGCCACUGCUGCAGUCACUGGACCAGAACGUCACGGUGUUUGCGCCGACCAACGCCGCCUUUGCCAAGCUGCCACAGCCUGUGCUCACCCACCCCGACAACAUGACCAGCCUUGUGCGCGCGCUUCAGGCACACGUUGUCGCUGGCCAAGCUCUCCUCUCGUCUGAUCUUGUCGAGGGCCAGAGCGUGGUGGUGGACACGAUGCUUGCAGGCAACACGCUUCUGCUGAACAAGACAGCAAACGGCACGGUGACGGUCACGGGCGAGAACGGCGUGGCGACUGUGGUGAUCGCUGAUGUUGUGGCUGCAAACGGAGUGCUGCACGGGAUCGACCUUCUCUUAGCGCUGCCCGACCUCGGCACCACGACAACAACCACGACGACAACGACGACAACGACAUCGACAACCACAACCACCACCACAACAACAACCACCACAACGACAACCAAAACCACUGCCACAACGGCAAUGCCAACAAACACACCGACAACAGUGGCACCCACGACGACGACGACGAAUGCGGCGGCAGGCUCGACAACGACGACGAUUGACAUCAACAGCCCAACAACAACAACAACAACAACAACAACAACAACAACAACAACAACAACAACAACAACAACAACAACAACAACAACAACAACAACAACAACUGCGACCAUGUCUUCGACCACAAACACAACAAGCGGCGCGGGUAACAGCACGACCACCAUUGCCGCUGCCAAGACCACGCGCUCCGGGCUGACAACAACGGACCCCGCCUCCUCAUCAUCAUCCUCAACGAACAAGACAACCGCUGUUGUGGUCCCUGUUGUUGUUGUCAUCAUCAUUGUGGUGCUGGCUGUGCUUGCGUUUGCUGCUUACGGCCGCCGCCGCAGCACCACCAUCAUCAACGCAGGUGGCAAGAGCCCGCGCACCCAGCAGCACGGAUUCACCAACCCGCUGUAUGACGACCUGGCGCAGAGCAGUGACGAUGAGCACGGUGGCGGUAUUGGUGCUGGCGGUCGUGUCAACGAUGGUGGUGGCUACGACAACUUGGGUGGUAUUGCCCCGCGCGAGAACGAGUACGACUACGCCAUGGGCGCAUAUGCGUAUGGCAGUGACGACGACACCGGUUAUGAGGAGCUUGAUCUGAACAUGGACACGGACAUGCACGAGGAGGGAUAUCUUGAGGUGCACGGUCUUGAUGACACGCGCUAGAUGCAGUAUGUGUGAUUUGAGAUGUGUGUGUGUGUGAUUUGAGAUAUGUGUGUGUGUGAUUUGAGAUGUGUGUGUGAUAUGAGAUAUGUGUGUGUGUGAGUGUGAGUGUGAUUUGUGUGUGUGUGUGUGCGUGUGUGUGUGUGUGCGUGUGUGUGUGACAGAAAGCGAGGACGUGUGUCGGUGCGUGAGCGUGUGAGCGUAUGAGAGUGAGCGUAUGAGAGUGUGGGUUGUCUUCAGCAUCUUGCCCACUCGCUGUUUUAACAUACUUCAUGCGCUUUCUUAUGCCCCGAACUGAGGGUGUAUGCUUUCCUUCUUUCAUUCAUUCAUCGUGUUCUGUUGUUCAUUUCAUUUCACAUCACACGCGUUGCGUUAUUGUGAGCUGCUGUUAACUGUUGCAAAUCGGUUGCGUUUGCGUUCUUUGGUGGUUGCCACGUCGUGGUAAACGUGCAACAAUUGAACCUUCAAUUGAACCUGCAACUGCGGAUUCUUGCGGCUUUGUUGCUUGUACUUGUUGCUUAUUGACCGAUGGAGUGUUGACAUCUCAUGUUAAGGGCUGGUGUGUGAACAAGCACACACACACUCACACACACAGAAAUACAGGCGGACAAACAGACA